AUGAGCAAACGGUCAAAAGAGAAAGAAUCGGCCGAUCGAGCUAAGAAACAUCCUAUUUCCCGGUCACUUCCCGAUCUUGAUUCUAAGGAUCGAAUUUCUACCUUAGAACGGGAGAUGGCUCGCGUGAAGAAGAAGGAAGUGAACGCGGUGCAAUUUGAAGUGUGUGAAGAGUGUGGUGACAUUAGAUAUAGAGCGGAGCAAUGUCCAACGGGGCCGAGUGACUACACCGAGGAAGCCAACCAAGUGUAUGGAGAUCGGAAGCAAUAUGACAUGAACUCCAACACUUACCAUCCGGGCUUGAGAAAUCAUCCUAAUUUCCGGUAUGGUAAAGCCUCGAAUCAAAUGAACCCGAAUUUUCAAUCGGGUAAUCAAGGAGGUCAAGGCGGAAAUGGGGGUAAUGCUUCUAACUCUCGAGGUGAUGAUUCGAUUAAUUCGAAAUUUGAUGCUAUCAUGAAUGUCGUGAGUACUCUUACCAAUUCACACCAUGAGUUCAAAGCCGAAGUGAGGAAAGAGUUUGAAGUGAGGGAUAAAUCUCAAAAGGCAUUAGAGAAGCAAGUGGGUCAACUCGCGGAAGAGAUGGCUCAAAUGAGAGGAAGCACGGGAAAGCUCCCGAGUGUCACCGCGGUGAACCUUAAGCAUCAAGGGUCAAGCUCGAGAAACACAGAUAGUUGUAAUAAUUUGGUAAAGCUCUUUCGCACGGCUCGGGAUCUUUGUUCCUCUACCGAGACACCAUCGUUUGGUGUAUGUCUAUACGGCUCUCAGUCUGAACGUUGCUAUGAUAAGCCAUCUCCAAGCUGUCUUGGUGCCAUAAUUGCUGAUUCUGAUCCUAUACAUAGCCGUUUUGACAUUAUAAUUCGUGGGCGGGAUAGGAUCCCACAACGUAUAAGUAAGUUACACCCGUCGUGCAUGGCAUUACAAUAUCCGUUGCUUCUGCCAUUCGGUGAUAAGGGAUGGUCUCCAGACUUGAUGCUUCGCACCAAAGAUGGCUCACGAAAAAAGUUAACCAUGAACAAGCUAUUUCAGCAGUUUGUUGUAGAUGCGUAUGUUUGUAUAGAGGAAAGUCGAUUGGACUAUGUUAGACGUAACCAAAACGCCCUUCGCUCAGAGUUUUUACAAGGUAUACAUGACGCUAUACAACGUGGCGACACAGAGGGUCGUGAGGUUGGUAAACGUACAUUUCUUCCAGCCUCUUUUGUAGGUGGACCACGAUAUAUGUACAAGCAUUACCAAGAUGCCUUAGCUAUUUGUCGUGUUCACGGCAAUCCACAGUAUUUUGUAACAUUCACAUGCAAUGUUAAAUGGCCUGAGAUUCAAAGAUAUCUGUCACAGUUUCCAAACCUAAAAGCUCAAGAUCGACCGGAUAUCAUUGAUAGGGUAUUUGCAAUAAAGGUUAAGUCGUUGAUUAAAUUUCUUAGAAAUUCUCAAACGUUUGGUCAAGUUGUCGCUGAUCUUUAUACCAUUGAGUUUCAGAAGAGAGGUUUACCUCAUUGUCAUUUGUUGGUUUGGGUUGCCCCUUCUCACAAGAUAAGGGACGCUACACAGAUAGAUGACUUCAUAUCCGCGGAGAUUCCUGAUCCUUCAACACAACCUCACUUGCAUCAAGUCGUCACAGAUCUUAUGAUGCAUGGUCCGCGUGGGGUUGUCAAACCGGAUUCGCCUUGUAUGAUAUCGGGAUCAUGUUCAAAGGAAUUUCCUAAGGCAAACCAAGAACAAACUUCAUUUGACGAUAAGGGAUUUGCACAUUACAAAAGACGCUCAAAUGGAUUUAGUGUUAACAAGGGUGGGGUUCAGUUGGAUAAUCGUUACAUAGUGCCCUAUAAUCCUGUGUUAUGCAGUUGGUUUAUGGCACACAUAAAUGUUGAGUAUUGUGGAUGGAGUAUGCUCAUAAAGUAUCUAUUUAAGUACAUAUCCAAAGGUGUAGACCGUAUACAUUACAAGAUCAAAUCAUCACCUGCUGGUAACGAUGUUGUACAAAACACUGAAUAUAGCCGUCUGGAUGAGAUUCAAAACUUUUUGGACGGUAGAUUUAUUUGUCCACAUGAGGCUUCCUGGCGUAUAUUUAACUUUGACAUACAUGAUAGAAAUCCGGCUGUUCAAGUACUAGCGUUGCAUCUCGAAAACAUGCAGAACGUAAGUUUCCGGCACAAAGAUGUUCUUGACAACGUAGCAAAUAACGAAUUCAUAAAGCGUACUACGUUGACUGAAUGGUUGUCUAACAAUGUGUGGGACGUUAGCGGUCGCCAUCUGCGUUAUAUUGAUUAUUUGAAUGAGUAUAGAUGGGAUUUGGAAUCUAAGCGUUGGAUAAGGAGAACAACAACCAAGGUUCCCUCAAUUGGAAGAUUGAUAUACAUACAUCCGGCAUGCGGUGAAGCUUUCUACCUACGCAUGUUGUUAGCCCAUCAAAAGGGUUGCCAGUCAUUCAAUUGCAUCAAGACUGUAAACGGACAUGUUUGUGCUACUUAUCGAAACGCAUGUGAACGACUUGGGUUAAUAGGUGAUGAUAGAGAAUGGUCAUAUGCGUUUGAAGAAGCAUCACUUUGGGCUACUUCGUCAGAACUCCGGUCUUUAUUUAUACAAAUUCUCCUGUACUGUGACAUUUCAGAUCCGUUACAGCUUUGGAAUGCUCAUUGGCCUAGGAUGGCUGAUGAUGGAGAAAGAAGUUUUGGCAUAGUUAAUGAUGAUGAUCGUAGGCAAUUUGUUUUGUAUGAACGGGAACUUUUACUGCAAUCUGGGUCUACUGGAUCAUCGCUGCAGGAAUUUGGCUUGCCAAUGCCAACUCCUGGCAUGCUCGAAAGAUUGAACAACAGAAUGUUGAUGGAAGAGAAAAACUAUGACCGACAUGCUCUUUCAUGUGAACACCAAUGUUCUUUAAAUAAGCUAAAUACAGAACAGAGAAUGAUAUAUGAUUUUGUUAUUUCCGGUAUUUCAACGAAAACCCAAACAUUAUCAUUUGUUUAUGGUCAUGGUGGUACUGGAAAAACGUUCCUACGGAAUACGAUCCUUUCUGGUUUACGUUCUUUAGGAAAGGUUGUGUUAGCAGUCGCGGCUUCUGGUAUAGCGUCGCUACUUCUCCCAUCUGGAAGGACCGCCCACUCAAGAUUUAAGAUACCUUUAGACCUUACAGAUGAGUUUGUUUGUCACAUCAAGAAAGGUACUCAUUUGGGUAUCUUGAUGAAGGAAACAGUUCUUAUAGUUUGGGACGAGGCGCCAAUGAGUGAUCGUAGAUGUUAUGAGGCGUUGGACAGAGCACUUAAGGACCUAGAAGACAAUGAUACAAAGCCUUUCGGUGGCAAAUCAGUUCUGCUGGGAGGUGACUUUAGGCAAACACUACCCGUCGUGCCUAAGUCCACAAAAGCAACACUACUAGCAUUAACAUUACCAAGAUCUCAUUUGUGGCGACACUUCAAGGUCUUUAAACUUACUGAAAACAUGCGGCUUCAAAGACCACAUCUAACAGCUGAAAGACAACAACAGAUUUCUACCUUUUCUUCGUGGUUAGUUGAAGUAGGGGACGGCGAGAUUGGAGUUCCAGAUCUUAAAGAUCCAAUAAACACAAAUAUUUUACAAAUCCCAAAUGAAUACCUCAUACUACAUACAGAUAAUGCGUUAACGGAACUCAUCAAAUUCAUAUAUGACGACAAAACCCUUACUGAACCCACAGUAGCAAGUUUAUCAGCAAAGGCAAUUGUUUGUCCAAAGAAUGAUACAGUGGACGACAUUAACUUGAAGGUAAUCAAUAUGGUUUCUGGCACUUCCACGAUGUAUCAUAGCAUUGACUCGCUGAUUCCGACUGCAGGAACAAAUGAGGACAUUGAAUCUCUUUACCCUACAGAAUACCUAAACCUUUUAAACUUUAGCGGCCUACCACCCCAUCUUUUGGAGCUUAAGAUCAAUGCACCUAUUAUCUUGCUGAGAAACCUUAAUCCGAUUGAAGGCCUCUGUAAUGGAACAAGGAUGAUAGUAACACAACUAUUGUCGAGGAUAAUCGAAGCCCAAAUAAUGACUGGAAAGUUUAUCGGUAAACUCAUUUUCAUACCCAAGAUUUCUUUGAUACACAAGGACAAAGAACUUCCAUUUGAGUUCAAGAGGAAACAGUUUCCAAUAAGGCUUUGUUAUGCGAUGACUAUAAACAAAAGCCAAGGCCAGUCAUUAGACAAGAUCGGUAACGUUGGGAAGAUGUCUAUCAGAGAUGUGAAGGACAUAAGACCAUAUGUUGACAAUUGUCGUGACAAACGAUGCGAUAUGAGGAUUUUGAGUGAUGCGAAUACGUUCUACAUAGAAACGGUCUUAAGUCAUCUUGGAAUACGAGAAUGUUUCUCGGAGAUUAACACGAAUCCGGGAUUCGUGGACGAUAAAGGCAAGUUAAGGAUUUUGCCUUACCAUGGUUUCCUUAGAUCACAGCAUCGUUACAGCAGUCUCUGUCCUCCUUACGUGUGCAAGGCAUCCUAUUCGACAAUUGUUGGUAUCAACCCAGAAACGGCACAAAUCCCACCUGUGGAACCUAAGGACGAAGACGAUCUGAUAAUCACUGUUCAUGAGUUAACCAUGCCUGACGUUGCAGAGAAACAGAUAUCUGCGCAAUUAUUAGCCCUUCAUCUGACGUAG